GCAGCGGUUCAGUCCAAUGGCAGCUGUGGAGGGGAGUGUGGGCAGGACCCGUUACUAGGUGGGGUUUAUCAUGGGUAUAAAUAUACUCUCUGCCUCUACAACGCCCCUGGAAACCUCAGUGAGACUAACUUCUUCCCUCUCAGGCCACACGACAGACUCCAGCGUCCCACCAUGUCUUUCAUCAGUGCCUUCUUGCAGCAGACGGUCUAUAUGGGCAUGCCCGAUGACUCAGUCCUGAAGAACGAGGGGACGGUGACUGCGGCUGCCAAUUUCAGCCCCAAUGGCGAUGCAGCAAUCUUGGACAAGGCCAUCAAGGCGAAAGGUGUGGAUGAGAACACCAUCAUCGAAAUUCUGGUGAAGAGGAGUAACGAGCAGAGACAGCAGAUCAAAGAGGCUUACCAGCAGGCCAGCGGCAAGUCUCUGGAAUCGGCACUGAAGAACGCUCUGAAGGGAGAUCUGGAGGAUGUGGUGUUGGCCCUGCUGAAAACACCCGCCCAGUACGACGCCCAGCAGCUGAAACUGGCUAUGAAGGGUCUGGGCACAGACGAGGACACCCUGAUAGAGAUUUUGGCUUCCAGGAACAACAGAGAGAUCCUGGAAAUAAAGAGAGUCUACAAGGAAGAAUACAAGAAGGACCUGGAGGAUGACAUCAGGUCUGACACUGGCGGGGAUUUCAGGACUGCCCUCCUUGAGCUCUGCAAGGCCGGCAGGACUGAAGGAGUUUGUGAGCAGCUGAUUGACAGCGAUGCCAGGGCUCUGUACGAGGCCGGGGAAGGGAGGAAGGGCAAAGACAGCUCUGUAUUCAUCGACAUCCUCUUGAGCAGGAGUGCCGCUCAUCUCCGUAAAGUAUUCGAAAGGUACUCAAAGUACAGCAAAGUGGACGUGGCCAAAGCUAUCGACCUGGAGAUGAAGGGAGAUAUUGAAAGUUGUCUCACAGCAGUAGUGAAGUGUGCUGGAAGCAGGCCUGCGUUCUUUGCUGAGAAGCUCUACUUGGCCAUGAAGGGUAAAGGGACCCGCAAAGCUAUCCUGACCCGCAUCAUGGUGUCCCGCUCUGAAAUUGACAUGGAACGGAUCAAGGAUGAGUACAAGAAAAACUACGGCAAAAUCCUCUACCAGGAUAUUCUGGAUGACACUAAGGGAGACUAUGAGAAGAUUCUGCUCGCCCUCUGUGGGGAUGAAAAAUAAUCGGCAACCAGUGGGAUCAAGGCUCAUACAACUGAAGAUCCAGCAGCGAGUCCAGCUGUGGAAAAUCACCUAUAAUCUCUUGACACACAUUGUGCCCCUGUGCUCUUGUGGAGAACUGACAUUUAGAAAAUAUAUAAACAGCAACGAUGAGCAAAGAUUAACGUGGAAUCGGCACUGCUUCAGCAGAUAUUUCCUCUCCCAAGCUAUUCCAUUUCAUUCCUUAUUUCUGCAUAGAUCUGAUAGCAGCGUGCCAGUGGACCAAUGCUCUUGGACAGACUUAGCUUCAUAAUCAUUAGAGUCUCAUAACUGGUGCUCGAAGACAAGCUGAUGUCGCUGAUCACAGUGCAGCUGCUGACAGAUGUAUACAGAUCACACAAUGUGCUUAUCAUAUUCAGCGGCAGCAGUAGGCGAACCCUUGAAGGAGCUUGGAUAUCUUGCAAAUAAAAGCUUUUUGUAUGAAGGCU